AUGGAGGGCAGUUCAAGGAUUGGUCGGAAGAGCAGGAAGCUGGGAUCCAGACGUCGGUAUCAGAUGAGGGAGGCCGUCGAUGAGGAUGCUCCUUCGGUCCCAGACGCCGAGCACUUGCCCUCCCAGGCUACAGAGGAGCUACAGGACUUCUUCCGGGAAUGUGGAGCUGAACAUAAGGGUUUUGUCACCCGGGAAGAUCUUGGGAGAGCAAAAUUCAGCUUCUUGGGCAGCCCUGAAGAGUUGGAGCUAAUCUUUGAUUGGAUGGACCUGGACAGGAAAGGAAGACUCACACUCAAGGAAUUCACCUCUGGACUCAAGAAUGUCUUUAGCUCCCAAACCAAGAUCCCAGGGCCAAGGAAGAGGAAGACCAGGACGUGGAUCUUCUCCAAGGAGGAGUCCACCAGCUUGCAGCCCCUGGAGGAAGCUGAUCCAGAAGAGAGGAGAUGGUUCCUGUCCUUCAUGGAGCAGCUGGGGGCUGACCACUUAUUUCUCGAUCAAGCAGAAAUCUGGCAACUGUGGAAGAAACUGCGGCAGGAGGAGCCCCACCUGGUGGGGAACCUGGAGGGCUUCCUGGCCAAGGUGACUAGUCGUCUUCAGGAGACCCGGGCUGAGAAGGAGGCUCUGCAAAUGACCCUGAAAAAAUGUGAUGAUGACCAUCACCGUGAGGUCCGGCAGCUCUAUGAGGAGUUGGAACAGCAAAUUCACAGUGAGAAAGAAAGACUCCAGGCAGCGAGCAACACUCAGGGCCUGGCUUACAGUUCCAUGAUGCACCAGGCUUUAGAGGCCAAGGAGCAGGAGGUGCAACACUUAGCCAAAGGCCAGAGAGAGCUGGAAGCCCACAUUGACCUGCUAAGAAGCAAACGUCAAGAGGUCAGCAUAGAGAACCAGAGACUCCAGGAAACCCAGAAGGACCUUACAGGCCAAUUGGAGCAGGUCCGAGGACAGCUGCAAGUGACCAGGGGGCACCUGAACCAAGCCAAGGGUCAAGUGUCCUGGCAGGUGGAAGAGGAGACCAGCCUUGCUAGUGAUCUUCCAGUUGAUCCAAAGAAUACUUCGGGCUCCCAACAUCUUGACUUAUUUCCUGAGGAAGACCCAUUGCCAUUGCUGUUUGAGGAAGGUGACUGGAGUCAGCUCCUAAAAAAUUUCACCAGUCCCCUGCCAGGGAACAACACUCAGGUCUCCUGGAGCCCUCCCCCCACUCCAACUUCCCUGCAGGGACACCACACACCCCGAGUGGUAAGGCAGAUCUCCAUUACUAACUCUUGGGGGCUCAAACAGGAGUCUCCUUCAGACCCAGAAGUACUUCCAAGGAGCCCCCCAGAGCCAUCUACAGACCCAGCUAUUGUGCCAGAGCUCAGUGUUGCUGAUGAAAUAGAAAUGGAAGAUGCUUCUGGUCAGGAAGCCGAGAUUCUGCAUACAUCAGACUUAGAAACAGGUGAUGUUCUUGGCCAGAGAGUCAGGCCAUCUGGAUCAGAUGUGAGUGAAGUAGCCAAGGAAGCUGGACUCAUGGAGUCAUCAGUGACAGAUAUGGCAAAUUCUCCUGGUUGGGAAGAUAAGUUCAUGAGGUCACCUGAGACAGAUGUAGUCAUGGCUGCUAUUCAAGAAUCUGGGCUCAUAGAUAUAGAAUCAGAGCUACAUGUAGGUAACAUUCAUGGUCAGGAAGUUGGGUUCUCUAAGUCACCUGGGCCUGAUGGAAAUGGUACCUUUUUGUACUCUCCUGGCUCAGAUGUGGGGGAUACUCUUACUCUGGAAGCUAAACUGAUUGAGUCACCCAGGAUGGAUAGAGACGAUGCUACUAUUCAGAGUCCUGGGGUCACAGACUUGCCUAACAUUGUAGGAGAUGCUUCUGAUCAAGAAACCAGCCCUGGAUCUGAGAGGCUCAUGGAUGUCUCUGGGCCUGUAGUGGCUAAUUUUUAUGAUGAAGGAGUCCAACUCAUAGAAUUGCCUGGGCCAAAUGUAGGGGAUGUUCUUGAGGAAAAACCUGGCAACAUAGAAUCCUCCAGGCCAGAUGUACUGCCUGUCAUUCCAGAACAUGGAGUACUGCAGGACCAGAGCCCAGAUGAGGUGCAGAGAGCUGAGGACAGGGGCCUCCAGAGCCAGGCUCAGGAAGGGUCCUUGUUCCCAAAGGAUGCUUCAGGAAACACACCUGGCCCUGAACAUUCAGGACCGGGUCUUUCCAUCAUGGUGGAGGCAGGAGCCCAGGCUGGAUCUGAAGUCUUGGGAAGUCAAAUAACAGCCCCUUACUUGGAGCCAACAGAAGAAAAAAAGUCAGGAGUCGCUGAGGAAACCAACCUUAAAGUCAAAGCCAAGAGGGCCACUGCCACCCCAGAGGAAGGAUCUCCUGACCCCGAUUACCUGUUCCAUGUUCUUUUCCUGGGAGACUCCAACGUGGGCAAAACAACAUUUCUGUACUUGUUACAUCAUAAUUCCUUUGCCACAGGCCUGGCAGCAACUGUAGGGAUGGAUUAUCAGAUCAAAAACCUGGUGGUGGACAACAGACGGUUUGCGCUACAGCUCUGGGACACAGCGGGACAGGAGAGGUACCACAGCAUAACCAGGCAGUUUCUCCGGAAAGCCGAUGGUAUCGUGCUCAUGUAUGAUGUCACCUGCCCAGAAAGCUUCCUCCAUGUGCGCUACUGGCUCGAUUGCAUCCAGGAAGCAGGAGUCGAUGAUGUUGCUAUCCUCCUCCUUGGGAACAAGACAGACUGUGUGGAGGAGAGGCAGGUGUCCACAGAGACUGGACAGCUCCUGGCUAAGGAAAUUGGGGUUGCCUUUGGGGAAUGCAGUGCUGCCUUGGGGCAUAAUAUCUUAGGGCCCAUUGUGACAUUAGCCAGGGCAAUGCAGGAACAGGACAGCAGGCUGAGAUACAAUACGGUGGACUUGGAGAAGAAGGAGGUGAAGAAGAAGGCUGGCUGCUGCUCCUGAACUCUGUGGGCCUGGCAGGCUUUGAGGAGCCCAUGGUGGCUGAUGGUGGCAGGACUCAGUCCCUUCAGUUGUGCCUCCUUCCUGUCUGACUUUGACAACUAACAAUAGCAAGAAGAACCAUGAAAAUUCAAGGAUUUCGAGCU